ACCCACCAAGCGCGGUUUGCAGCCGCGAGCUUGCCAGCAUGGCUUCAGAGGACUCCACAAAGGUUGAAACCGACGCUGCGGCGGAGGCUGAUCGCGGCAAGGAAGCUGCGAAAGAGGUGAAGCCGGAGGCAAAGGAGGCCGAGGACACGGAGCCGGCGCCUGAAGAGGGCGAAGCCCAGGAGCAGCUAGAGGUCUCCCAGGACCAGCUGGACUGGUUCACCGGGCCAGGCGGUGAGGCCUUGCGUGAGAUAGAGCGCCUGUCCGGGGCUGGCAUCACCGUGGCGGAGGCUGUGGACGGCAGGUGCCCAGUGAAGAUCCGGGGCAAGACGGUGGCCGUGUCCAGGGCAAAGGUGCUCUUAGAGGACAAGCUUCGUGCGCCCGGCAGUGAGCGGCCUGUGAUUGUGAUUGCUGGCCGGUCCUUCAAAGACCGGGAGGAGCUGGUCAGCCAUAUCCGGGCGCUCCAGGCAGCGACGCCCGAUGGGAAGUUGCUCGGUCCUGAAGAUGCAUUUUUCGUGUUCCACUUGGCCACGUUCCACCCCAACUUCAUGGAGAAGAUGACGGCGCCUGUCGUGGGCUUCAAGUACGGCCCCCACGAGGCCUUUGUGGGCAGCAAGUGCUUCUUCGUCGUGCGCGCCGACGGUAGCGAAGAAGGCAUUAGCAUCAUGAAGUGUGUGGAGGUGGCGCUGCCUCGGAAGGGCACAGGGCGUGGCGUCAAGCGCGAUCGGGAAGAGGAGGACGUUAAGGACCGCGAGGAGGAGCGAGAGGCCACCAGGCCAAAGAGAGAGAUCCAGACGGGCUGUGUGCUGAUCAUCGAGGGGCUGCCGGGCUCGGCUUCCUUCGAGGAAGUCAAGGAGGCCCUGAAGGAGUUCGGGGACGUGCGCUUCGUGGAAUUUCUGCGAGACGGACCGCCUGCGUUUGAAGCGAAGGAGGUGAAGGAGGGCUCCCCAGCCGAGACCGAGAAGCCGGACACUGAGAAGCCAGACACCGAGACGCCGGCGAAGGAGGAAGCCAAGGAGGGCGCUCCAGCCGAGACCGAGAAGCCGGACACCGAGAAGCCAGACACCGAGAUGCCGGCGAAGGAGGAAACCAAGGAGCCCGACUGCGAGGCUGCCGAGGCUGCUGAGCCGGAGGAGGAGGAUGAGGUGAUGUGUGCCAGGGCUCGGUUUGCAGACGCUGCCGGCGCCGCAGCCGCAGCGCAGGGCUUCAAGGAGUUUGAUGGCAAGACCAUGGUCUGCCGCGUAAUCGACGGCGAUGAGGAGAGGAGGUUCUGGGAGAGGCUUUGGCAGAAGGCGGACGCCAAGAGCAAAGGCAAAGGCAAAGGAAAGUGGGGCAAGGACUGGGGCAAGGACUGGAACAAAGGCAAAGGGAAGAAGGGCAAAGGGAAAGGCAAGCACAAGUUCAAAUGAGUUCCGAGCGCCUGUGCAGAGGAGUCGUGCGCGGAAGC